AUGACCUCAAUGACCGUCAGGAAGCCCAACAGGGCUUUAGAUCUCCUAACCGAUCUGAUACAACAAUAUGUAAAGACGAACCCCAAAUCCGCCAACGAGAAUAAACGUGCGUGCAAGGUCAUGCCCGCAGGCAACACACGUGCUGUCUUCGUGUACCAGCCAUUUCCCCUGGUCAUGUAUUUCGCUGGUAUGUUCGGGCAUUCGCAUCCUUCCAUCAAGCACGCCCUUGAGGAAGCCACCAAAACGGGGUUCAACCUCGGGGCUCCAAGUAAAAAAGAGAUCGAACUUGCCGAGGCUAUUACGUCUCGUUUUCCCAGUAUGGAUAUGGUUCAGUUCUGUACUUCGGGGACGGAAGCGAAUACGUUGGCUAUCGCGGUGGGGUUGAAUUACUCCAAGCGGAAGAAGGUCGUUGUGUUCGAAAACGGUUAUCAUGGAAAUACACUUUCCUUCAAACGUCCCAAUGCGCUACGCCUCCCUCACGAAUUCAUCCUCGCCCCGUACAAUGAUAUAGCUGGAACUCACCAGAUCCUCCAGCCCGACGUUGGCGUUAUCAUCGUGGAGCCUAUGCAGGGCGCAGGUGGUAUGGUGCCCGCGAGUCGUGCAUUCCUAUCUUUCCUCCGUGAGCAAGCCACCAAGCUCGGUGCCAUCCUUAUUUUCGACGAAGUAGUCACCGCCCGCACGCACUACCACGGUCUGCAGGGAUAUUACAAUAUCAUCCCCGACAUGACCACCAUUGGCAAAUUCUAUGGUGGCGGAUUGCCCUUCGGCGCUUAUGGAGGUCGCCGGGAGAUUAUGGAUACCCUUGAUUCACGGGCCAUCAAUAGCCUGCAUCAUUCGGGGACAUGGCACAAUAAUAUCUUCACCAUGUCCGCCGGUCUCGCGGCUGUGGAGUUGCUUUCUGCUAGAAACAUUGAAAAGGCUAAUCAGUUGGGUACACAGCUCCGUGAAGGGCUAGAUGUGGUUUUCAAUGUAUCUAGGCCUGACACGGCCGUUGUGCGCGGUUUUGGGAGCCUGGUCGGCGUGCACUUUUUGGGGCCGGAUUCAGACGCCCUACGAGAUGCUUUUUACUUCUUCCUGCUGACGCGGAAGAUUUAUGUGGGCCAUCGGGGGUUCCUAUGUUUGAGCAUUGUUCAUAAAGAGGAACACAUCCAGGCCGUGCUGGAAGCGGUAAAGGAGUUUUGUCGGGCCGCCUUUCCCAAGUCUACCAUGUAG